AUGGGGUUAAUAGGCCACCAUCACCAGAGACACACUUGUAAAGAGGCUCACAGUGUUUCCUCUUUUCUCCUUAGGUACCGAAAGCUUCCUGGCUACCAUCACCCUGUCCUUACCAAUGAUUGCCAGAAUGCUUCCAUCUAUUUCCUGAAGAACCUGGAAUCCUUUGGGGUGGACCCAUCCAGGGUAGUUCUCUGUGGAGAUAGUGUUGGAGCUUGGGUUAUGGCCGCUGUCAUACAGGCCUUAACGAGCUUUCCCAGUCUACCCCAAGUUACGGCUCAAGUCCUGAUUUAUCCAAUAUUAAAUCUGAUCAAUUUUCAGUUACCUUCACAUCAGCAGAACAAAAAUGUGCCUUUCCUUACCAGAGAUUUCAUGUUUAUGUGUAUAUGUAAAUACCUUGUCAUUGACCCCUCUUGGAAAGAUGCCAUGUUAACAGGUGCUGCCAUACCUCUGGACAAGUGGAAGAAAUACAGGAAAUGGCUCAGCUAUGACAACAUUCCCAGAAGGUUCUGGAGCCAAGAUCCACAACCUGAGAUUCUUGGGCCUUUUAAUGAGGCAGCCUAUCUAGAAACAAAACAUACUUGGAGUGCAAAAAUUUCACCUCUUCUUUCAGAUGACAAGACCAUUGCUCAGCUUCCUAAGACAUUUCUGGUGAGCUGUGAGCAUGACAUGGUCCGUGAUGAUGCCUUGCUCUACAAGAAGCGCUUGGAAGACCAGGGGGUCCCUGUGAGCUGGUACCAUGUGGAAGAUGGCUUUCAUGGGUGCCUAUUGUUGUUUGAUAAGAAGUGUUUUUCUUUCCCCUGCUGUAUGAAACUUAUAAAUGCUGUCAUCAGUUACAUCAAGGGCAUUUGACAGUAUGCUUGGGAUUUCUGUAAAUGGGGAAAGGAACACCUAUGAUUCAGCUGGGGCCUUUGCUUACUUAGAUGUUUUUUGGGAAAGGAGAUGAUGAUGCCAUUCUUCAUCCCGGAAGAAAUGAGGAUCUGCAAGCAAAGACUCUUGGCUUCCUACUCAACAAAGUCUCAUCUGUCCCCUCCCUACACCACUAAUAUCAUGCUUUGGAUCCAGCCACAGUCUCUACUCUUUCAUUAGGUAAAAUACAUAUUGUAGUCAUAAAAAUGGUCUUUGUUUUUUUGAAAGUUUACCCAGGUCUGUGUAGAA